GAACAUUAUUUCCUGAAGCUCUGCUUCUAUGCCUUUUGUGUUUCAGUCAAGUUGUUUUCCCAGAUUGACCGGCUGCUGUAAACGUCAAGUCUGAGGCAAUGGAUGAUCGGACAAUUCUCAAGACUUUGCUUUAUACCGUCAAUUCUCUCUUGCAGCAGCGGAGAUAUCAGACUACGCUGGCGCUGCUCAAGGGCUUCCGCAACGGAGCGGUUUAUGGAGUAAAAAUCCGUGCCCCUCAUGCUUUGGUAAUGACAUUUCUCUUCAAAAGUGGAAGCCUAAAGGAAAAAUUGAAAGCAAUUCUUCAAGCUACCUAUCUUCAUUCCAGAACCCUGGCCUGUUUUGUAUUCAUUUAUAAGGGUUUAAUGGCCAUGCAGUCACGAAUGCAAGGAAAGAAGGUUCCAUUUCAGUCUUUCCUCGCAGCCUUCAUUGGGGGCUGGUUACUGUUUGGGGAAAAUAAUAAUAUUAACAGCCAGAUAAAUAUGUAUCUAUUAUCUCGAAUCCUGUUUGGCUUGUCUCGAUUGGCAGUAGAGAAAGGUUAUAUCCCACAGCCCAAACAAGAUCCCUUCCCACUUUUUACUGCUCUGGUUUGGGGGAUUGUUCUUUGGCUCUUUGAGUAUCACCGGCACACUCUACAACCAUCACUGCAAUCAUCCAUGACCUACCUAUAUGAUGACAGUAAUGUUUGGCAUGAUAUUUCUGACUUCCUUAUACAUAAUAAAAGAUCUACUAUCAAAUAAUCCUGACAAGUCUUUGGAUAAUAACACAUUCCAAGGGCAAUUAAAAAGAUAUAUAUCUGAACAUCCUUUUCAAUACUGAACAUUUAUUUAUAUUAACAUUGGAUAGAAAUGCCUGUUUGAAGUCUGUCCACAAUGUUUGGUAUAGAUUGCUGAUUUCUGCUGAUUAGAGUUUGAAACAGCAUUUUACAAGCAAAAUAUUUUAUUCCUUUUUUCUUCAAGAUACCCAGUUUCCCCUUCUAUGCUAUCAGCUGAGGAAAAUAUCUCUUCAUUUUUUUAAAAUCAAGAAAUAUGAAUUAAAUGUUAAAGUUGAAGGAUCAGAUGACAUGAGUACACAAUGUCAUCUACAAUAUCUUCAGCAACAAAAGAAAUAACUAAAUUUUAUGCAUGAUGGAUAUCAUUUGAUAUUGGUCUUUGUAGUUAUGGUUCUUGGUAGUGUUAUUGCUUCUGUUUUGUUUAUCCAUGCCUCUUUUCUAGAUUAUAAGGGCAGAUAACAUAUCAAACAAAUUUUAAAGAUGCUUUUUUUAAUAUGGACUUUUUAAAUUCAGUUGCAUAAAUAUGACACAAAAAUGGAUUUGUUUAAGAACACCAUCUUACAAAAUACUUAAGAUUUAGUAACAUUAACAAAUAGAGAAAAAUGAAAUUUUAUUUCUUGGGUUUCUAAAACAAAACAAGAGUAAAUAGUAUGGUGAACAUAGGAAGGGUGUCAAAUAGGUUAUUCUUGUGAAAUCCUGUGUUAUGAUGUGUAUAGGGGGAAAGACAGUGAAUACUAAAAAACUUUUCCUUGAUUGAAGCUCUUCUAGAUGGAAAAUGAUGCAGUCAUGCAUAGCUAGAACUGUUGUUGUAGUUGUCAAACUUUGAUCAUACAGUCAACAGGUAGAAUUUUGUUUAACAAUCCACCAAAAGUGCCAAAUGGAAUAUUAGAUUUUAUCUCAUUGUUUUAUUAAUGAAUGCAGAUAACUGUAUUGAGUCUUUUUAAAUUUAUUUAUUUAUUAUUAUUUAUAUAGUCACCUGACUCGCACAUAGUGACUCUAGGCAGUGUAUAACUUUAAAAAUCCACAUUUUUUUUUUUAAAAAAAACCACCCUAGUGCAGCAACAACAGAAUCAGAAAAGCCAUUUGACUGGGGGUCCCCCAGGCCGCUGACAAAACAUGUCUUCAUGUAGAAAAGCAACAGGGUAGAGGCCAAUCUUAUCUCUGGAGGAAUGAUGUUCCAAAUAUUUAUAGUCCAAUCAUGUGAACUGACUAAAGCUAGCCUUCUUUGGUCUUUUCCAGUCUUGUACAUAUGCACAGAAAAGCAAUGUGGAUUUUUUUAUUUUAAAAGAACAAAAAAUGGGACUUAUAGAUGAAAUAGAAGAUCUUGCGAAAUUCAUUUGCAUAGCAAGCAUAGAUCUCCCAAAAUGUUAAUUUAUUUUCAUAAUUUCAUUUCUGUAUCAUGAAUACUACACUCAGUGGCUUCAUGCACUGCAUGGGUGUACACACACACACACACACACACACACACUCUACUGCUACUAAAAAGCAAUGAGGGUAGUGAAGAAUCUGUUUUUAAACCCAAUUAAACAAAUUGAAGCAGUUUUUUUUAACUGAAGAAAAUAAAUGUACUUUUGUAUGUGCUGGAGUAUUAUUUGAAACAGGAUGCUUAAUAGACCUUUUUGUUAAAAAAACAAAAUAAGACUGAUUAUAAGGCAUUAAAAUUAUUGGUUCUGCUGUU